CCUCGCAGUGGGACGUCCAACAGUUUUGGAGGAAAAUCGAACCACCAUUGCCACGCAUCGGCUUUUCCCAUCAAACCCGCUCAGAGCCCUUCCUGGAGCGGGCCGUGUCGCCGCAGCCUGCUUAGCCCCAAGAAAACUCCCCGGCGGUUCGUCAGCACGGCAGAGGAGACUGUUCGAGAGGAGGAGCGAGAGAUCUACAGGCAGUUGCUUCAGAUGGUCACAGGAAAACAAUUUUCCACGUCCAAGCCCUCUUCACUAUUCCCCUUCCACCUGUCUAGGUGUUCAAAUUCCAGCAAAACCGUAGUGAAAGAAACUUCCAGCAAGAACUCAAAGCUGUUUGAAGCUCACAGUGUUACACCAGCCCCUUCAGCAACCAGCGUUCUCCGAGCACAGGAGCAGCCCUCACACAAACCGUCGCUCUACUCUGCCCCCAGCUAUCCCCCCAAUAUCUUUGAGUCCAGUAACUCCACAGCCCAGCAUCAGCAAGAGAAUCUACCAGCAUCAAACACACAGUCUGAAGGGUCAGACUCUGUCAUUUUGCUCAAGGUAAAGGAUUCCAGAACCCCAGCACCAAGCCUCCCCUUCUUCCAGGCAGAACUGUGGAUCAAAGAACUGACCAGCGUCUACGAUUCACGAGCUCGGGAGAGGUGGCGGCAGAUUGAAGAGCAGAAAGCACUGGCCUUACAGUUGCAGAGCCAGCGGCUGCAGGAACAGGAACACUCGGUGCAGGAUCUGGUGGAUUUAAAUCUUCGAGUACCCCUUGAGAAGGAAAUCCCCGUCACCGUGGUCCCAGAAGAGAAGGAGGAUGCCAAGUCAGCUGAUGGCGAAGAGGAGUUCCCUGAAAUCACUGAGGAAAUGGAGAAGGAAAUCAAGAAUGUAUUCCGAGGUGGGAACCAGGACGAGGUCCUCAGCGAAGCUUUUCGGUUAACGAUCACUCGGAAGGACAUUCAGACCCUCAAUAACCUGAACUGGCUCAACGAUGAGAUAAUUAAUUUCUACAUGAAUUUGCUGAUGGAGCGGAGCAAAGAGAAGGGUUUGCCGGCAGUUCACGCCUUCAAUACUUUCUUCUUUACCAAAUUAAAAACGGCGGGGGACCAAGCUGUGAAACGGUGGACUAAAAAAGUGGAUAUCUUCUCUGUGGAUCUCCUCUUGGUGCCUAUUCAUCUGGGAGUGCAUUGGUGCCUGGCAGUUGUAGACUUCAGGAAAAAAACCAUCACCUAUUAUGACUCCAUGGGUGGAAUAAACAGCGAAGCCUGCAGGAUACUGUUGCAAUAUUUAAAACAGGAAAGUCUUGACAAGAAAAGGAAAGAGUUCGACACGAAUGGCUGGUCGUUGCUGAGUAAGAAGAGUCAGGAAAUCCCGCAGCAGAUGAACGGCAGCGACUGCGGGAUGUUUGCCUGCAAAUACGCCGACUGCAUCACCAAAGACAAGCCCAUCAACUUCACUCAGCAACACAUGCCCUAUUUCCGAAAGCGAAUGGCCUGGGAAAUCCUUCACCGCAAGCUGUUAUGAUGACGCUGUGCCCGAGGUUGUAUCAGAAGUGCCCGGAUUUGCCCUGAGCCACGGCGGGCACGGACCUGCCCAGGGCUUCACUCAAAGACACAGCAAACAAACUCUGUAUCAUAUUUUUGAUAAAACACCAUUCACGGACCAAUGCGCAAUAGAAAUGUUCAGAAGCACACUUGCCUUUUUUUUUCUUUUUUUUUUUUGUCUUCCGCCCCCUGUUUUUUUGUGUGUUUUUUUUUUUUUAUUUCAAGACCUAUUUUUACAAGCAAUUUCAGGUGCUGAGACUUGAGGGGGCAGCUUCGGACAUUCACAAAACUUCUUUUUCUGCUUUUUGCAGCUCUUGCUGCCAGCUUGGAGCUGAGGGCAUGACCCUGAGAGAGGGAAGGGGGAGGCGCUUCGGUGGGCUCUGAUGCUUCGCGCGCUGGGAGAGCUCCAAGUCGGGUGGGCAAAAGCCUGUUUGGGGGCGGAUGGAGGGGAGGGUUUGUGUGUCGAGGAACGUUUUCGCUGCGUCCUCUGCUCCUGUAGGAUCUCCUCUCUGUCCUCGAAGCCGGCCUUUUCACACCCAUCGCAAACUCUCGCCACCCAAGAUUAAAACCUGGCACUCUCGGGACAGCCUGGCUGUGGGGUUUGGGGGGGCUGGAGACAGCUCGGGCAUCCCUCGAGGGUGGCAGGUGGGAGCCAGGGAACUCUGGAAGGAAUUUGUUUGUUAAACGCCGCUGUGGCAGAGCCAUUUUUGUGGUCUCCCAGUUCUUUAGUAUCAGCUGCUCAUGGAAAUUCAGGUACAAAACGAGUCGAGCCGAUGGCGCUGUUGAAUUAUUUUGUGUAUAUUUUCAAACGAUUUUUUCCGGAGCGACAAAGGACAAAGUCUGCGUUGGGUUUGGGGUUGGGUUGGUUUUUCGGUUGUGGGGGUUUUUUGGGUGGGUUUUUUUUUUUUUUUUUUUCUUUUUUUGCCUGCCCUAGCUUUGCCUCCUCACAGGAGCCGGGGCUGCGGCUUCUUGCCACCUUUGUCCUUGCGCGGAGGGCCCCAGCUGAGCGGAAUGAAUCGCUCCUCUCUCUCCGUGAUAUUUUGCACAUGUUUUGCCUGGGGAUAAAGGCUGACGCAAGGUCAAAGGUCACGUUAGAGGCCAGGCACUGGCGUCCUGUCGAGAGGCUCUUCCAAAGGUACCUCUGAGUCCAUCCAGCGCGCGACUCCCGGGAGCCUUCAGGAUGAGCUGCAUCCCCAUCGCUCUCGGGGGCAAGAAGUAAAACACUCAGAAGCACAGAAAACCCUUCCAAAACGAGGGAUUUUUGGGGGUGCCCCGAUGCUUCUGAAUGUUUUACCCCGAGAGUUUGCUCCUCUGGGCUCUCCAGAGGGUCUCGGGUGGGGCCGUGCUGAUGCUUUCAACUGUUUUAAUUUAUUCUCAAGUGCGAUGUGGGAGGAAGCGGCGAGUGUUUGAUGAGCUUCCCAAGCUGCUGAACCUGCUUUUCUCUCAUGUACAUAACCUUUUUAAGUAUAAGUAAAGAAUGAAAGAAUGUCCACUUUUGUAUUUUUGUCUCCAGAUAGGGAGGGAUAUUUUAUACAUUUUUUCUCUACCUGUAAGCAGUAGUUUUGUACAAAACUUCCCCCUUUCAGCCCUUACUCCUGCCAGAUUGUGUUCUUUGUAGGAUGGAUUGUACCCGUUCCCUCUCCCCUCCGUGUGUUUUAUACCAAGUUCAUUUACUACCUUUUUCUAUCUUUUGCUGCAAGUAAAGAUCUGAGGAAAAAAAAAAAAAGUAAUGUAU